AUGGAGUUCGACGUUAGUACUGCCCUGUGGGGAAGAAGCAGCAGCAGUAGCAGCAGCACAACUGACAUGUCAGUUUUGAGAACCACCAAUCACAUGAACACUGAUGUAUCAAGGGUUGUUUACUCCGCUACCAGGCUGGUGUACACCACGGGAGAGGCUGCAGUAUCAACCAACCAAUAUCUUACUUCACUCAGCGUCCAAGGCGUCCACGAGGGACCGACACCAUUAGUACUGAGUGCUACCGAAGCGAACACAGUCCUGAAGGGUAUUUUGGUGGCGGCUCAAGCCCUCGUUCUUCUUGCUAUCUUCCUUCUAUCCAGUCUGGGUAAUUUUGCUGUCUUAAUCGUCAUCCUCAAACACAGACAGCUCCGGACGGUGACCAACGCGUUCAUCGUUUCGCUGUCGAUAUCAGACUUCCUCACGGCUAUCAUAUGCCUGCCCUUUUCCUUCGUCAUGCUCUUCAGCAAAGACGGCGUUUGGAUGUUUGGGGAAGGUUUCUGCGCGGCAAACGGGUUUUUCAACACCUGCUUUGGUAUCAUCUCUACCCUGACUAUGACUUUAAUCUCAUUCGACAGGUACUACGCUAUCGUCAGGCAGCCCCGUGCUAAAAUUGGGCGACAGAAAGCUACGAAGUUGUUGCUAGCCGUGUGGGUAGCCGCGGUUAUUUUUUCUCUUCCGUGGUAUAUUUUAACGCCAAAUUCAAAAGAAGUUCACGACCAAGGUUUCUACCACUGCAUGUACGUUUUCCAUUCCGGUACCUCACGUCUCGGAACGAUAUAUAGCAUUUCUCUUAUCGCCGUGUGCUAUUUACUGCCCUUCGCCCUCAUGUGUUUCUGCCACUACAACAUUUGUAAGACAGUUCGUCUCUCCGAAAUACGAGUCAGGCCUGUGACCACAUACGCUUGCUUGUUGCGGUUCUACAGUGAGAUGCGCACAGCCACCACGGUUCUCAUUAUGAUUGUUUUCAUCAUUUUUUGUUGGGGUCCGUACUGUCUCAUGGCGUUGAUCACCGCGUUAGGGGGCUACACGUUCAACCCCGUGAUGGACACGCUUGCCAUCUGGCUGGCUUGGACAAAUGGAGCCAUCAACCCCCUGAUCUAUGCUUUGAGGAACCCUAAUAUAUCUAUGUUACUGGGACGGAGUCGAGAAGAAGGCUAUCGGACCAGGAAUAUCGCGGCGUAUCUGUCCGGACACGCCAAGAACCAAGAGAUCCGUCUAAAUCAAGUAGAGAGGAUGAGGGACCGCUACGUGAGUGGAGUGGCAGUUAUUAAUAACAGCAGAUUAUCAAGUUCGAGUCCAGGAAAAGGAACUGGGGCAGAAGGUGCAAUGUGGGCUUGUAAAAACCCAGCAGUGUUUUUCUGCAGGGAUACCCAGUCAGAAUCUACAAAAACACUCCCCAACUUUGUCAGUGGACCAAUGAAGAAGACAGCUGACACCAGCCUGUGA